GCAGUCGCUGUCAGGCCGCGCGGCGCCAAUGGCGGCAGUAUCGCCGCCCGACUCCGCAAUUCCUGUUGAGAUUAAGUUCCGCAACUCCUGCCGCUUUGUACACCCGCAAAAGAAAACACAAGAGUCAGCUCGCUGCAAGACCGAGCGAAAAGUUGGUUUUUUCUCUGAAGGAGGGAACAGGUAGACAGUUGUCUCCCCACCACCCCCGCACCCCCACCCCACUGGCCGGCCUGCUGGAUGGAUUUCCAUGUCGAUGCGCGGCUUGUCGUCGAAGGUGUUGCAACAUAUUGUGACUUGCCCUUGUGGGUCUGACAGGGGACCACAGCUACAGUCUCGCGCAUCUGGGGAGACGGUUUCCUCAGGUGACGGUUAGCACCUCGUUGCUCGCCUCAUCCUCGUUGUUGUGACGUACAGUAAUCUCGUAACGCACCUCGGUAAUCACCGGCGGCAUCGCAAGAGGAAGACAAACAAACAGCCCCGCGCGGCGCGGUGAGUCCUGCCCUGCCAUUGGCUGCUUCGAAACCACGUGACUUAACGGCGUCGCAGCAUGCGGAACUCGGUGGCUAGUAAAUAGUUAUGUCCACGGACUGCGAGAAUGAAAUAAAUUGUGGAUUGAGAAAGAUGCAGAAAGCCUUCUCUCCAGACGGAAUGCCAUCUUACCAAGGAUUCUACCCGCCUGAGAAUGGCUUCAAGUAUGAAAACGGGUACGGCGGAGGACACUACGGUACCCCAGCACCCGAUUCGACACCGUUAGGACUGUAUUAUGGUGGAAACUGUGCAGUAGGUCUACAAAACCAAAACUCUCUCGGAGGACCUGUCGGAGUAGACGGGUGCCCGCCCCUUGGAGGGGAGUAUGGCGAACCUCCCAACAACGGACACUAUCCGGGUAUGGGUGGGGGCCCGUGUGGACAGGGUGGUUCGCUUACCUGCCCACCCGGCUUGGGACUUCACGUUGGAAUCGGAGGCAAACAGCAAACUGAAAUAUACCCGUGGAUGAAAGAGUCGCGACAGAACAACAAGCGACAAAGUGUAGCAGCCGAGCCCACCAAGCGAGCUCGCACGGCCUACACGUCGGCGCAGCUGGUGGAGCUGGAGAAGGAGUUCCACUUCAACCGCUACCUGUGUCGUCCACGUCGCAUAGAGAUGGCGGCUCUUCUGAACCUGACAGAGAGGCAGAUCAAAAUCUGGUUCCAGAACCGAAGGAUGAAGUUCAAGAAAGAACAGAGAGCCAAGUCCUCGCUGGACAAACAAGGGGGCGGGGGGAGACCCAAGUCGGAAGGAAGCAGUUAUUCCGGAAGUGACACUGAGAACUCUAGCUCCUGUCAUGGCGGGGGCGGUCGCCUGGGGCCUGAUGGGAGUCCUGGAGGCCCCAUGGACUGUGCCGUGAGCAAGGGGGACAAUCUAGGGGGCGACCCGUUCAUCCACCAGACCCAGGGUAGCGGCAAGGUAGCCCACCACCCGCAGAAACCCUCCCAGCACUUGGCUCACCACCAGCCGCUACCCGACCACUGCGAACAAGGCGGCGGAGGUGGUCACGUGAUGUCUCGCAGCGCACCCAUUGGCCAGAUGACACUUCCGCUGGGGCCGGACGGCGUGGUGAGCCCCGGUUGCCCUAGAGACAAUAGUCCGGGUACCGGACUCAAGCCGUCGGGUGGCAACACCACCAACAACAACACCAUGGAGUCCCGCCUGGUCACCAUGGCAACAUGUCGCCCAUGCCCAUGGCAAGUGCAGGCGGGGGUGGCCACAGCAUGUCUCCUUUCGGUCAGAACAGUCACGGGUACGGACCACCACCCGGUACCCAUCGCGGCCACCCGUACCCGGGAUGCAGCACGAGCAACAUGUUGGUGACGGGUAGCAUGUACUCAGACAUCAACCCUCUCGAUCACCACACUGCGCAUGUGCAGACGCACUGCAUGCCCUCGCACCCGACCAUGAACGGGCCAAUCAACUGCUCCAUGUCGACGGGAGGCUACUCCCAAACCUCCUACGACUACAUCCCUAAGUUAACGCACUUGUAGAAAAGGUUUUAUGAUGAACCAACUCCUGGCACUCAUCUCCGCCAGUCCACCUGUUCAGACUAACAAUCUCCUAAUUUUAUUUCAACAAUUCUUUCAAUACUCACGCGUUACGAUAAGUUAAGGAAAUCGGACGAGGAAAAAAAAACUGUUCUCAAGGUGACUGGGUUACAGAAGCAAAACUAUUUAAACAGUUGCUUAGCAACACAGUUCGUUGCUAAGGUGUGUGUGUGAGUGUGUGGCCUGACAUUUCCCAGAGUGACAAACGACUUUCCUGUGAUCAUCAGCUGCCAAUGUUACCUGAGUUGUAAGUUUAUAAACUCUCGUCCUGCGUCACCGCACCCUGUAUGAGAAUCCACGUGACCUGGCCCCAUCCUUUGCCCGUGACCCUGUAAACUAAUUUAAAUUUCUCCUUUAUAACUUGGUAACCUCCUCGACGACCAUGCUGGUUAUUUUAUGCCUCCUUCUUGUCCCGAGUUUUUCCUCCAGCGCAUGCUGACUUGUAGAGUUGACUUCACUUCCGCUUGACACUGAGGUCACACCGAGAGACAGACUACAGUUGUAUUUGUUGUUGAUGCCUUUUGUUCUGUGCCAAUAUUUGAAUGUUACAGUAGAAGUGAGAAGAAAAAUGUGUUCUCUUCUAAAUGUUGAAGUCAUGCAUGAACGGAUUUCCUCUUGCUCUCUUUUAUCUCUCCCUUCCCCUUUCUUGUUUGUCUCUUUUCUGCUACCUCUCCCCUCCGAUUCUUGUCAAUUUGUUGGUGUUCAGGAACAGUGGUCGAUUCUGCUCCUUUCAAACUGUGGGUGUUGCAAGCAACCAACGCGCGGGACUGAGCAAAUCUGAUACGGUGUGCAGUCAUGCGAGGCGAGGCGUGUGUGAGCAGUCAUGCGUGUAGACAGCGAAUAUGAGCGAGCGAGGGAGUGAGUGAGUGAAUCAGUCUUCAUGUGAGGACGAACCAGUGUAGUCGACAGUUUGAUUGGCGAGGAGAAAGUAGAAAAUACAGCUGAGUGAGAUGUUGUGGUGAGUGAGUGAGCGUGAGAGGGUGAGUGAGAGAGGAAGUAGUGGAGCAGUUUAUAAUUAUAUUGUGGUUUGUCGAAUGUUCGUUUAAUGGAAAAAAAGAAGUCAAUGUAGACUUGCAUUUCAUUUUGCUUUGUUAUUGUUGGUUUAGUGUACUGGGAUUGCUGUCAUAAACUAUCAAAACUGUUUGGUCUAAGAUUUUUUUUUAAUUCGCCAAAUGAAUGUGAAAAAAUGGUUUUGUGAACUAAAGGAACAUGAUAGUCACA